CUAAUCCAAAAAACAAAGGCUCAUCUUCUACCUCAAAGCGCUACGGAUCUCUCAUAAUAUUCUCUGCCAACCAAAAUAACCAAACCAAUCACCAAAACACCAUGAUGAUAAUCGAGCCUGCCAUCGCCGUUCGUUUCCACGCCGGUUCCGGCGCCGCCGCUCGCUCCGCCGCCGCACCAUAUCAUAACCGUUCAAUGUGGAGCGCUGAAGACGUGAACGGUGUGCGUUAUGUUGCGUCGUGCCGGCUCGCGUGCAGCUGCGGUUUCGACGUGCCUUGGGUAAGAAGUCAAAAAUACACAAGCAUUCCGUUCACAAGAAGAAAUAAACUUGCAAAGAAUAGAAUUAGGGCUUCAUCAGAGCAUCUGGGAUCUCAGGAUCCUGUAAAGAAAAAUGAGAAGCCAUCCUAUCAUCCAUUUGAAGAAGUUGCUGCGUCAACAUCAGAGAAUAGUGAAGAUGCUAGACUUACUGCAGCAGAAACAAGUAGAACAAUUAUUGAGGUUAACAGCAAAGCAACACUGAUGUUCUCAAGUUUGAUUAGUGAUGAAUUUCAUGAAAAUAUUAUCUGGCCAGAUUUGCCUUAUUUGACUGAUGAACAUGGAAAUAUAUACUUUCAAGUGAAGAACAGUGAAGAUGUUUUGCAAUCUCUAACUUCAGAAAAUAAUUUUGUGCAAGUCAUUGUAGGUGUGAAUUCAAUGGAAAUGAUCUCCGAGAUGGACUUAUCAGGUCCUUCAGAAAUUGACUUUGGGAUCGAAGAAAUUGAUGAUCAAGAUACUGAGGAUUUAGAUGACAGCAAUGAAGAGGAUGAAGACGAAGAUGAAGAUGAAGAUGAGAAUGAAGAUUAUGAUUCGGAAUGGGUGGCUGUUUUUUCGGAUGAUGAUGAGCAAGAAGACGAUGAUGAAACACUUGCAGACUGGGCAAAAUUGGAGACUAUGCAAUAUUCUCAUCCAAUGUAUUUUGCCAAAAAGUUGGCAGAGAUUGCUUCAGAUGAUCCAGUUGAUUGGAUGGAGCAGCCUCCAGCUUGUGUGGCUAUCCAAGGGGUUAUAAGACCUGCUUUUGUUGAAGAACAUUCUACAAUACAGAAGCAUUUAUCUACCAAUCAAUCCAGUGAUACCAACAAAAGUAAAUCCAUAGAAAGUAAAGGGGAAAAUAUUGGUGUGAUUAAUGGUCAUGUGCUUAAUUCAGGAUCUUCUGGAGAUAAUGCAGCACAGCAGGUGGAAAAUGACUCUAAUAGUGAUAGCAUCCCCUUUAGUGAGACUUCAUUUUACAAAUUGGAGAUGAUUAAGAUUCAAGUGUUUUCUGCACAAGGAAAUCCUACUGCCCUUGAAAUAGAAGACUACGUGAAAGCCCAACCCGAUGCUAUUGCACACUCUGCUUCUAAAAUCAUAUCUCGUUUGAAAGUUGAUGGAGAAAACACCUUGCAAGCCCUUAAGUCCCUGUGUUGGAGAUGCAAGGGCCUUCAAGUGGAGGAGGCACAACUUAUCUGUUUAGACUCCCUUGGGUUUGACCUAAGAGUUUGUUCUGGGACUCAGAUUCAAACACUGAGAUUUUCAUUCAAGAAUAGGGCCACAUCAGAGUACAGUGCUGAGAGACAACUCAACGAUUUACUAUUUCCAAGAAUUCAUCCAAAGCAGCCAAAAAUGAAGCAAACACAUCAAAAUGAAUGCUAAAAUCAUCUAAAUUGCAUAUCUUACAUGAAUUUUGUAUGGCUUGUAUGCCUUUGGUCAAUGAUUGUGUAUAAAAGUGAAAGGCAGGGGAAUAUACCCCAAGCAGAUGCCAAUCAGGUUAUGUAGAUUGAAUUUCAUUCAAUCAUUAGUUGGAAGUAAUUUUUUUCAUUGUCUUGAGUCUUGACUACACUUUUGUAUUCAUCCUUUUUGUUGAUUAAUCUAAAACCUGCAAGUACUAGCAAUUAGAGGCAUUAGACAUGAGGAACAGAUGAAUACAAAAGACCCCGAAUUC